AUGGAGCUCUACAAUGAGCCAAUUGUCAUCGACAAUGGCUCGGGAACCCUUAAGGCUGGGUUUGCUGGCGAAGACAAGCCAAAAGCUUUCGGAUCUGCCAUCGUAGGCAGACCAAAGUACCAGCGAAUAAUGGCUGGGUCGCUAGGAGAUGAUACAAAAUGGCGAACACAAGACGAGGUUUUGGUUGGAGAAGCCGCUCAGAACAAUCGUGGGCUUUUGAAGCUCAAUUAUCCCAUUGAACAUGGAAUUGUUACAAACUGGGAUGAUAUGGAAAGACUUUGGUAUCACACAUAUACUCAAGAUCUCAAGGCUGUUCCUGAAGAACAUCCAGUAUUGAUCACAGAAGCACCAUAUAACCCACGAGCGAACCGAAACCAAAUGUGCCAGAUCUUUUUUGAGCAAUUCAAUGUUCCUAGUGUCUACGUUUCCAUACAAGCUACCUUGUCGCUUUAUGCUUCUGGGAGAACCACGGGAGUAGUGGUGGAUAUUGGUGAUGGAGUAAGCCAUGUUGUUCCCGUAUAUGAAGGCUUUUCGCUUCCUUCUUCCAUAAAACGCAUGGAUAUUGCUGGACGAGAUAUAACCGACCAAUUGGCUUUGCUCGUUCGACGAAAUUCCGGGGUUGUUCUCCAGUCCAGUUCCGAGCGAGAAAUUGCUCGUCUAAUGAAGGAAAAGUGCUGCUUUGUCUCGAAAGAUAUUGUUAGAGACGAAAAGUUGUAUUCACCAGGAUUGCUUCAUGCUGGCGUAAGCACCACUUCUGAACUUUUGGCCGAAUAUAGACUUCCAGAUGGUCAUGUUAUCCACCUUGGAUCCGAGCAGUUCAGAGCUCCCGAAAUCCUUUUCAACCCACAGCUCAUUGGCGAAGAAACUCCCGGUAUCCAUCGACUUACUUCUUUGGCAAUUGCAAAAACCGACUUGGAUCUUCGUCCAACCCUUUAUCAAAACAUUAUCUUAUCUGGAGGCACCACACUAAUCCGAAACAUUGGCGAGAGGCUCUUGAAUGAGUUGAAAGACGAACAGCAGCAAUCUGGGACCACUUUGUGGAGCUCAAAGAACACUACGUUGGCAUAUGAUACAAAAAUGAAAGUCAAGAUUUUUGCUCCACCUGAACGCAAGUAUACUACCUGGAUAGGAGGCAGCAUUCUUGCGGGGUUGUCGACUUUCAAGAAGAUGUGGGUGACUGCGCAGGAGUACGCCGAAGACCCGGAUAUUGUCCACAGAAAGUGCAUGUAG